UAUUUCCGGUUCCGGUGAAAAGUAAUCGUCAGCACAGGUAACAUCUGCACCGACAAGCAGAAUGAGGUCCUUGGUAAUUGUAACGCUCUUGGUGAUGUUGGGCAUUGUCGUUUGUGACGAUCAUGCCCCGAAUGCUGUCAGCUACACAUCAAAGACGUUUUCAACCGAAAUAGCCAGAAUUCCACAUUUCGUUAUGUUCUAUGCACCAUGGUGUGGCCAUUGUAAGAGACUUUCUCCUGUGUGGGAUGAACUGGCUCAGUUUUUUAACAAAGACUUUGGGAUGUCCAAACUUAUCAUUGGAAAGGUAGACUGUACCCUAGAGACAGCUCUAUGUGCAGAUCAUGAUGUGACUGGAUACCCAACACUAAAAUACUUCAAGAAAGAAGGAUCGGAGUCAGUGAGAUUCCGUGGCAGCAGAGGUCUGAGAGAAUUCCAGGAAUUUAUAGAAGAGCAGUUCAUAUUGGACGAUGACAAUACAGAGAUGGAGAAGCCACUUGAACCUGAAAAGGCUCUUGGUCCUCUAGCUGAACUUACUGACGAAACAUUUGAGAAGGAAAUAGCGACCGGCAACACUUUUGUGAAAUUUUAUGCUCCUUGGUGUGGUCAUUGCAAGUCACUAGCUCCAACUUGGGAUUCUCUCGCUCAGGAAUUUGAAAAGGAACCCUCUGUUACCAUAGCAAAGGUUGAUUGCACAAUUCACAAGACAACAUGUGGCAAACAGAGUAUCCGUGGAUAUCCGACCUUAGUCUUCUUCAAGAAUGGACAGAAGGAACAGGAGUAUUCAAACAGGGAUUUAAACAGUUUGAAAAAUUUUGUAAUCAGUAUGAUUGGGAAAGAAAACAAAAAUGGAGAUGAAACAGAAGGCAAAGUACCAGAGGAUAUUCCUAAAGACCAGGAGGAUGAAAUUGUGCCCACAGUUUUCCCUCUUGAUCAGGAAUCGUUCCCAGAGGUAGUAGCCGAUGGUGUCACCUUUGUUAAAUUCUACGCCCCAUGGUGUGGACAUUGUAAAAGACUGGCUCCGGUCUGGGAUGAUCUCUCCACCAAAUUCAUCGGCAGUACAUUUAUCAGACUUGGCAAGGUGGAUUGUACUGUAGAAAAACUUCUCUGUAAACUCCACAAGGUCCGUGGCUACCCGACAUUACUCCUCUUCCGUGACGGUGAAAUGAUCAGCGAGUACAGUGGAGCACGUGACGUUGGAUCUUUGGAGGCUUUCGUCCUCAAAAAUAUUGAACCUCAUGAUGAACUAUGAAGCCUUUUUGGAAACAUCAGAAGUACAGGAAUGCUUGGGUGUAUAUGAAAAGAACAUGUGUUGGUGCAUAAUAUGUGGUGAUGUGUGUAGUAGAUCAUAAACUGCUGUGUGUGGAAAUGUGGAUAGUGCUCACGUUGGUGUGUUACAUUGGACAUAACCGCUGGGUUCAUAAUACAGUACAUAAAUGGCCGACAUUGGUGCAUUACAUAGGAUAUAACCGCUGGAAUUAUGAUAUAUUAUGUCUAUGUAUAGGGACUUAGUUUAGGGGUAUGCAUUACAUAUGAUGGAACAGCUGGGUUUAUAAUACAGUACGUAAAUGGCCGACAUUGGUGUAUUACAUAUGAUGGAACAGCUUGGUUUAUAAUACAGUACGUAAAUGGCCGACAUUGGUGUAUUACAUAUGAUGGAACAGCUUGGUUUAUAAUACAGUACGUAAAUGGCCGACAUUGGUGUAUUACAUAUGAUGGAACAGCUGGGUUUAUAAUACAGUACAUAAAUGGCCGAUAUUGGUGUAUUACAUAUGAUCGAACAGCUGGGUUUAUAAUACAGUACAUAAAUUGGCGAUAUUGGUGUUUUACAUAUGAUGGAACAGCUGGGUUUAUGAUACAGUACGUCUAUGUAUAGGGACUUAGUUUAGGGGUAUGCUAGGUGGUUUGUGUAGUUUGGUAGUAAUAACUGGUUAUAAAGUGGGGACAUAUACCAGUAUAUGUAUCUUGUGUGGAGUCAUUUAAAGAAAAGCUGGUUAUAGAUACACUUAGAAUGUGGUUAGGCAUGUAUUCCUCUAGAUUUAUUUUAGUUAGUAAUGUGUUGGCAUAUAGUUUUGUGAAGGUUUAUGAUAACUAGUUAUGUGCGAGGACUUAAUAUAUAGUUUUGCGAAGGUUUAUGACAACUGGUUAUGUACGAGGACUUAAUAUAUAGUUUUGCGAAGGUUUAUGACAACUGGUUAUGUACGAGGACUUAAUAUAUAGUUUUGCGAAGGUUUAUGACAACUGGUUAUGUACGAGGACUUAAUAUAUAGUUUUGCGAAGGUUUAUGAUAACUAGUUAUGUGCGAGGACUUGAGAUGUUUUGUGUGGGGAUAUAAUAAGCAAUUUAUGGGGAUCAAGGUUCCUACUUUUUGGGUUAUGUGUGGUAUAAGGUUUUGUAUGACCAUCAGAGGGGGAGAGAGAGAGUUGGUAAGAUAACAACAUCAUAUUGUGAUUGUGCCAUUUAAUAGUAACACAGUUAUUUUAUAUCUUUGGGAGAUCAUGUCACAAAUUAUCAAAAUAAAUUAAUUCUCAUGUCGAUUCUGUAUGAAAAGCUCAGGUCGAUUCUGUAUGAGUGCAUCAUUGGUGUGAGUUGUUUGAUGUAUUCUGAAUCUAGUGAUUCUACAAGUCAGGUGAAAUCCUUUUACUUUUAGCAAACUCUGUGAAAUCAGACUUUACUUCAAAAUGGCCAAAUUGUUUGGUCCCAAGGUUGUCCAAUAAAGGGAGAAUUAAUUAAAGGAGAAAUAUGUCAAAGUUAAACUCCGAAUCAAAAUAAGUGUUUAUAUAUUUACACUGUAUAUACUCCCUUUCUUAUAUGUAAAUAAUCCAACAUGUGUUAUGGAAAUAUAACAACAAUUGGUCAUGUGACCAUUGUGGUGACGUCACAGAUUGUAAAUAACUCAAUACAAUUGUAUAUGUGUUAUGGAACUAUAACAUCAAUUGGUCACAUGACCAGUGUGGUGACAUCACAUAUUGUAAAUAACUCAAUACAAUAUUUGUGUUGUGGAACUAUAGCAUCAGUUGGUCAUGUGACCACUGUACUGACAUCACAGAUCUCAUCGUUACAAAACUGACUUGGCAGUUCCAAGAAUUUCACAAACUAAUUAAUAUGACAGAAAAGUGGACUAAUUAAGCAUAAUUACUCUCCAAUAAAUGUAAAUAUAAAUAAUGAUGUACCCUAAACUUAUUGCUGACAAUGUAACAAAAAACUUGAACCUGUGGUAAUGAAUGUUUAAAGUCAUAAUGUUCAAAUUGAUGCAUGUUGAUGUCAAACCUUUGUAUAUAAUUAUGUUCUUAAAGCAUUGUUAAAGAGUGAAUGAACAAGACAACCAUUUUGUAUUGAACAUUCUGUCAGUGGCGACCCAAGAUAUUUAUAUAUAAGGCCUUGGGAACAUGUUCCUGUACACACCUGGUACAAGGAGAUUAAUUCUAUUUACAUUUGCCAGUAAUUUUGGCACUAAAACAUGAACAUCCAGGGGCGCUCUUUUGUCAUUAUAAUGUGUGAGAACCCUAUUCUGGGUGAGAACAGGGGACUCAAAGGCAGCCAUAAGGUACAUGUAUGUAUCUAAAUCAUAAGUCUUCUUAUUUUGUAAUUUUCUUUUAUAGUAGAUAAUACUAUGGCUAUUUCUGUGUAGGUCAUGCCUUAAAGGGCUUCUAUUUCAACAUCGGCAUACCUUAUACUGUCUCUGUGUAAGGAUAUGACCUUCUAAGGAUUCUACAUUGACAUAGCAUACCUUAUAUGGCUCUCUGUGUAAGGUUUGACCUUAUAAGGAUUCUACAUUGACAUAGCACACCUUAUAUGGCUCUCUGUGUAAGGAUAUGACCUUAUAAGGAUUCUACAUUGACAUAGCACACCUUAUAUGGCUCUCUGUGUAAGGAUAUGACCUUCUAAGGAUUCUACAUUGACAUAGCGUACCUUAUAUGGGUCUCUGUGUAAGGAUAUGACCUUCUAAGGAUUCUACAUUGACAUAGCACACCUUAUAUGGCUCUCUGUGUAAGGAUAUGACCUUCUAAGGAUUCUACAUUGACAUAGCAUACCUUAUAUGGCUCUCUGUGUAAGGAUAUGACCUUAUAAGGAUUCUACAUUGACAUAGCGUACCUUAUAUGGCUCUCUGUGUAAGGAUAUGACCUUAUAAGGAUUCUACAUUGACAUAGCAUACCUUAUAUGGCUCUCUGUGUAAGGAUAUGACCUUAUAAGGAUUCUACAUUGACAUAGCAUACCUUAUAUGGCUCUCUGUGUAAGGAUAUGACCUUAUAAGGAUUCUACAUUGACAUAGCACACCUUAUAUGGCUCUCUGUGUAAGGAUAUGACCUUAUAAGGAUUCUACAUUGACAUAGCAUACCUUAUAUGGCUCUCUGUGUAAGGAUAUGACCUUAUAAGGAUUCUACAUUGACAUAGCAUACCUUAUAUUGCUCUCUGUAUAAGGUUUGACCUUCUAAGGAUUCUACAUUGACAUAGCAUACCUUAUAUGGCUCUCUGUGUAAGGAUAUGACCUUAUAAGGAUUCUACAUUGACAUAGCGUACCUUAUAUGGGUCUCUGUGUAAGGAUAUGACCUUAUAAGGAUUCUACAUUGACAUAGCAUACCUUAUAUGGCUUUCUGUGUAGGGAUAUGACCUUAUAAGGAUUCUACAUUGACAUUAGCAUACCUUAUAUGGCUCUCUGUGUAAGGAUAUGACCUUAUAAGGAUUCUACAUUGACAUAGCAUACCUUAUAUGGGUCUGUGUAAGGAUAUGACCUUAUAAGGAUAGCAUACCUUAUAUGGCUCUCUGUGUAAGGAUAUGACCUUAUACAAGUUCCCAAAGAUAAGGAUGAAUAGUAUGCCCUUAUAUGGAUGUCUACUCAUUUUGUGUUAAUUUGCCAUCUUUUCUUUCUCACAAUAUAUUUUUUGUCAAAAAGAUUAUUUUUGAAACUGGUGUUUGUUUUCUUAAUAGUUGCUGCUUUUUCAUCCUAAGUUUGUCCUUUUUUUUAUUUGAAACCUUAACAUUUUUGUCUUUUUUUUUUUAAUCAUCUUUGGAUCCAUACAAUUUUUUAAGCUUUCAUUCUUGUUGCCAAUAUACUCUUCGUCUACUUAAUGUGAUAAUUCAUUAUAGAUUAUUGAUAUGCUGACAUUUAAGGUCGUGUACUAUUUAUUAAGAGGAGUUUGAUCCAUGUAAAUAUAACUAAAUUAUAUCAAAUGAAAAAAAAUGUUAACAAUCAUAUCAGUUUUUAUUUGAUAUGUUGAAGUAUUCAAUGUCACUAUUUUAAAGUAUACAAAGUGAUCUGGUGAUAUUUUGUUAUGUGCGAGUCACUAAUUAAAAUUCUAAAUAAUUGAAAUAAGUAUAAUAACUAAAUUUUCAGGAUGAAAUGAUACUGCCUUAUUCAUCAAUGUUUGAUUUUGACAGAAAUGGAAAUUGCUUUUUAACAGUAAUAGUUUUGAAUUUCUUUUGUAUUAUGGUGCUACACUCUUAGAGGAAGAUGCUGGUUAUGUUGUGUUCCAAUCUGUUCAGAAUCUGUUAUGGUGUCAGUAAUUUAUUUUCAUCAUGAAUAAAUAUUUUCCUUGAACAUAC